AUGGAGAGAAAGCGAAAGCUGCCUGCGAGGGCUGCUGCGAGAGUCGAUCACGUCAACAAGAAGCGUACCACCACCCCUCCCGAGCCGUCUGUCACGCCUUCACCCCCAGAACCUCUGUCCGUGCCCGUCCCUGUGCCCGACGCCGCCCCCGUCCCUGAAGAGCCUCAGCUGCCUAGGUCCAUUCAAGCCGGCAAUCCCCUACCUACCGUCGAGAACCCCCAGCCGGAUGACCUGCCUGCCAAAGACUAUCAGUCAAUACAAGAGAGUGGUGUCCUGGCCGAGUCGCUUGCGAGAUCGCGCCAGAAAUGGAUCAACGAAGGCAUAUUCGAAAAGUACUGGACGAAGCCCACCAAGCGGAAAGGCGUCAAGGAGGAGCCCAACAACCCUGCCAAGGAUACCAUGGCCAAGAUUGGCCAGAUCACCAUCAACGUCGAACCCUACCAGCUCGAGGCUACCAUGUUCGCCGUCAAAGACCCCAAGCUCUCACCCACCACCAACUCUACCUUCAGACCCGUCAUGCAGUAUGGUCCUCCCAACGGUGUCAUGCCUCUUCCGCCGAAGCCCGGCACCCCGUCCUCCCUCCCGCCUGCACCGCCAGUGCAAGCUUCGCCUUCCCAGCCUCCAGCUCCGUCGCAGGCGCCACCACAGUCUACCCCACGACAACAACCGCAGCAGCAGCAGCAGCAGUCACCGCCACCGUCGGCACCGGCACUGGCCACGCCUCAGCCCUUGACGCAACCGCCGCAACCUUCCUCGGCUCACCCACAGUCCCAAUAUUUCGAACCUCACCGGCCCCCGUCGUCGGCGGCUAUGAGUAAGCCUCUGGCUUCACCCCGUGGUCUCGAGUCCGUGCUUGCUGCUCCCCAACGUUCUCCUGCGCCCGGUCCCACCAUUGCACCCCCUCAACCACCGCCGCCAUCCCAUGCAAACGGCCCCUCUCAACCUGGCAUGACUAUGAACCGUCCCCUGCAUGCGCCAAGCCCAACCGCAGCUCCAGCUGGACCUGGCCCGGCGCUUCCACCGGGUGCCAAACCGACGGCCCCGACAGCCCCCGGUGCCGAUCCCAUCAUUGUGACCCUGGCCGAGAAAGCUUCCGAGGAUCCCCAUCUUCGCGAUCUGAUGAAGCGAGUGGCGGUUGGGGAAGCUGCUCCGCCCGAGCUGGCACAUUUCCAGAGGAUUAUCGAUCAAAUCACUAUCGAGUAUAAGAAAAAGGGAGGACAACAGGGGCCCUCAGCGGAUAGACUGAUUGUCGAUGGAAAGACGGUCAAAUACUUUGCCGACGAAGUCCGCACGAUAUUAGAUAUAGUUCUGGCCUCAAACCCGCAGCAGCGGUCUAUUGGUUUGCGGCCCCCUCCGGGCAGCGACCCCUUGGUCAUUCUGCUGGUCAAGGAGGCGCUGGACAAGCCCACUACGAGAGAUAUGGUCCGACGGGUAGCCGAAGGAAGGACCAAAUUUUCGGACGCUCUCGAGCUCAAGUCCAUUCUGGACAAGCUGAAGGAUAUGGUGGUCAAGGAGACGGCCAAAGACCAGCAAGCAACACUUGCCACUCCACAACUACCAGCUUCCCUUACCAACGGGAUCGAACCUCCUAGUGGUGCCCCGAAUGGAAUCGGUCCGAGAAAAUCGUCAGUCAGUGGCGUGGCUCAUUCUCCGAAUGCGCCGGCCUCGCAGCAAGCUUUGCGCUCGAAGGGACCACUCCCAUCCGUGAAAUCUGAUAUAUCAGCUAUCGUACUCGAGUUUUCCAGUGGCACAGGUGACAGGUAUAUGUUUCCCAAAUACAGCAUUCUCGAGUAUUCUGCAGGAGGUUCCCAGGUGAUUGCGUCCUUUCUGAUAGUUCGCAAGGGGAGCAGGCUGGAAUACGGGGGAGAUCCAACUUUGGAUUAUUACCAGCCCAUGACGAUUCGGAUAUCAUCGCAUUCGGGAAAGCACCUUGAAAACUUGGCCCGGGUUGUGGCCCCUCAAGACGAGGUGCGCCGAUACAUGGACGACGUCAUGGACAACAUGACGCGAGCCGAGUUUGUGCUUCUGGCCAUGCGCCUUCCGAGAGCCGAGAAGGAGGACCAGAUUGAUGACCAGUCUGAUACGCCAAGGGCCGAGCUGUCGCAACAGCCUCCGCAGCCGGGUGUGCUCUGGGAUGUCAGGCCGACGCCCCUUCCCACGGCCCCGCCGAACGCUUUGGCAAACCCACCCCCUAGUGAGGAUGCACAGUAUCAGGGCUUCAUCACCACUGUAAGUUAA